UCAUGCAAAUUACGCCUGGGGGAGUGGAGUUACGGAGCCAUUUUGGAUCGAUUUAAAACUUAACGGGGGAAGAAUGUGACGACACUCACAGAUUUGUCCCGUCGGUUUCUCAUUCAGUGACCAGCAUGGAGCAGGACUGUACAGAGCCAUGCAGAAUGGAAAGAUAAACACAACGGAUGUAUUUUUGAAAACUUCAUGAAGCUAAAACCAUGGGAUUACAAACGAAGUGGUUAUGGUUGAGUUUUUUUCUCCAAGUUACUUCAUGCGGAUGCUUUGAUUUACACAUUUCAGAGACUUUGCAAGCGGGGACCUUGUUGGCUAAUUUAUCUCUUGGACCUGGAUGGAGUUAUACAAUUGUUAGAACAUUGACUCCGAGAUAUGUAUCGCACUUUUUGCAAUUAGGACGAAAUGAUGGAAUAUUAACUCUUUCGAAAACAGUUGCUUGUGCGCACUUGAAGAAGAACCCAGCACUGUUGUAUUUUAAAAUUACUUCUUUAACAUCUGAAAACUUUGUAUUAACUCACUUCAAUACGUAUGUGCAUGGACAAGAUUGUUUUAUCAAGUAUAAAAGAAAGACCCUGACGCCUGACGCUGUUAUAUCUUUCGAACUGGAAGGGUGGACACCCCCAUGCUUUUCGAUAGGUGAUUUGCUUUUGGAUAUAAGCAAACAUUUUCCUGUGGCUAAUCGAGGUUUUCACUUACCUCAUUCUGAAUGUUUAGAAAAAAACUUAAAAACCACAGUUAAAGUGGGCAGUGUUGGUGAGGAUAUCUGUAUACUUCAUAAGGAGCGUUGGGACCUGGACUUUUUCUGCAACGUGCGGAACACCCUGAACACUGCGUUUUUCGUGCGUUUAAAAAUAAGACUCAAGUCUAAACCGAAGCAUGGAUUGUUUAUGAACUCUGACCAUGACGAUCUAUGGAUCAAACGUAAGAAGAGAAAUGUGAACACAGCCCCACAGUUUCAACUGCCGAACUACCAGGUGUCUGUCCCAGAGAACGAACCCUCGGGAACUCGCGUGAUAACUCUGAAAGCGCUAGACACAAAUGAUGGAGAUGCAGGGAAAGUUGAAUAUGACUUGGAGGCCCUUUUUGACAGUAGGUCUAAUGAUUACUUUCAAAUUAACGAACAGACCGGUAGCGUGACAACUUCGCAACCCCUGGACCGAGAGGUAAAAGAUACACAUGUUUUCAAAGUUACUGCAACUGACUCAGGUGUUCCUAAAAGAUCCGCUACUGCCUAUCUUACUAUCACAGUUAGUGAUACGAAUGACCAUAGUCCCGUGUUUGAACAGUCCGAGUACAGGGUCAGCAUCCGUGAAAAUGUUGAGGUGGGGUUUGAGGUCAUGACAAUUAGGGCAACAGAUGGUGACGCGCCGUCAAAUGCGAAUAUGGUUUAUAAGAUUGUUAAUGAGGAAAGCUUGAACGGAGGAUUUGAAAUAGAUCCCAGGAAUGGACUGGUUAAAACAAAAAUUCGCCCAGAUCGAGAAAUCAUGUCCAAGUAUAAAUUGAUAGUUGAGGCCAAUGAUCAGGGUAAAGACCCUGGUCCACGCAGUGCCUCAGCCACUGUGCACAUCUCAGUGGAAGAUGAAAAUGACAACUAUCCCCAGUUUACAGAGAAACGAUAUGUUGUACAGGUGCAAGAGAACAUACAAGUUAACUCUCAAGUGGCUCUUGUUAAAGCCACAGAUAAUGAUAAAGGAAAUAAUGCUAAAGUCCACUACAGCAUCAUCAGUGGCAAUGUGAGAGGCCAGUUUUACAUUCACUCUCCAACGGGGGCCAUAGAUGUCAUCAGUCCUCUGGAUUAUGAGAUGAUGAGAGAGUAUACCUUACGCAUAAAGGCACAGGAUGGGGGUCGACCACCAUUGAUCAACAGCACCGGACUGGUCGUGGUUCAGGUGGUGGAUGUCAAUGACAACGUCCCCAUGUUUGUCAGCACACCAUUCCAAGCUUCUGUGUUGGAGAAUGUGGCAAUUGGUAACUCUGUGAUUCACAUCCAGGCCAUUGAUGGAGACUCUGGGAAUAAUGCCCACCUUGAAUACAGGCUGAUAGACAUGCAGCCCGGCUUUCCCUUCGCCAUCAACAACAGCACAGGCUGGAUUACAGUUUGCGCCGAACUCGACAGAGAGACCACAGAGUUUUACACGUUUGGUGUUGAAGCAAGGGAUCACGGGGUUCCCGUGAUGUCCUCCUCAGCCAGUGUGAGUGUGACGGUGCUGGAUGUGAAUGACAACAUUCCCACCUUCACGCAGAAGGUGUACUCUCUGAAGAUUAAUGAGGAUGCUGUGGUGGGCACCGGCGUGGUGACCGUGAUGGCCAUCGAUCGAGAUGUGAACAGUGUGGUGACUUAUCAGAUCUCUAGUGGGAAUACACGGAACAGGUUCGCAAUCAUUAGCCAGAGCGGGGGUGGGCUCAUCUCGCUUGCUCUGCCGCUGGACUACAAGCAAGAGCGGCAGUAUGUCCUGACCGUGACGGCCUCUGACGGCACACGCCAAGACACGGCACAAAUCUUUAUUAACGUAACAGAUGCAAACACUCACCGACCCGUGUUCCAGAGCGCAAACUACCAAGUGCUUGUCAGCGAGGACCGGCCUGUUGGCUCUACUGUGGUCGUGAUUAGUGCCACAGAUGAGGACACGGGUGAGAAUGCCCGCAUCACCUACGUCAUGGAGGACAAUGUGCCACAGUUCAAAAUCCAUCCUGACUCAGGGGCCAUCACCACCCAGACUGAGAUUGACUAUGAAGACCAGGCAUCUUACACACUGGCCAUCAUUGCUCGUGACAACGGCAUUCCUCAGAAGUCUGACACAACCUAUGUGGAAAUCAUUGUUCUGGACGCCAAUGACAAUGCACCACAGUUUGCGAGGGACAUGUACCAGGGCACAGUGUUAGAGGAUGCUCCUGUUUACACCAGUGUCCUCCAGAUAUCUGCCUCGGACAGGGACUCCGGGUCUAACGGAAGGGUUAGCUACACUUUCCAGGGUGGAGAAGAUGGUGAUGGAGAUUUCUUCAUUGAGCCCUACUCUGGAAUCAUCAGAACAGCCCGCAAGCUUGACAGGGAGAAUGUGCCUGUGUACAUCCUGAAAGCCUUCGCUGUGGAUAAAGGAGUCCCACCCUUGAAGGCAGUUGUGGACAUUCAGAUCUCAGUACAGGACAUUAAUGACAAUGCGCCGGUGUUUGACAAAGACGAGUUGUUCAUUUUUGUGGAGGAAAACAGCGCCGUAGGAUCCACAGUGGCCCGGAUCAGUGCCACAGAUCCAGAUGAGGGAACCAAUGCCCAGAUCUUGUAUCAGAUUGUGGAGGGAAACUUCCCAGAGGUGUUCCAGCUGGAUAUAUUCAAUGGAGAUCUAAUUGCACUCACUGAUCUCGAUUACGAGUCCAAGGUAGAGUAUGUGAUCGUGGUCCAGGCCACGUCUGCGCCUCUAGUCAGCCGGGCCGUUGUACACAUCCGUCUGGUGGACAUCAACGACAACCCCCCGGUGCUGCAAGACUUUGAGAUCAUCUUCAACAACUAUGUCACCAACAAGUCAAACAGCUUUCCCUCUGGAGUUAUUGGAAAGGUUCCCGCACACGACCCCGACGUGACAGACAAGCUGGUCUACACGUUUGAGGAUGGGAAUGAGCUGAGUCUGCUGCUUUUGAACCAAGACACCGGGGAGCUUAAGCUGAGCAGGGAUCUGGACAACAACAGGCCUCUGGAAGCCACCAUGAGGGUGUCUGUGACAGAUGGCAUCCACAGUGUCGAUGCCCUCUGCAUGUUGCGCGUCACCAUCAUCACGGAUGCCAUGCUGACCAGCAGCAUCACCGUGCGUCUGGAGAACAUGUCCCAGGAGCGCUUCCUCUCCCCGCUGCUGUCGCUCUUCGCCCGCGGUGUCGCCACCGUCCUCUCCACGGGCCCCGACGGCGUUUUCAUCUUCAACGUCCAGAACGACACAGACAUCGCACACGGCGUCAUCCUGAACGUCACCUUCUCGGCGCUGAUGCCUGGCGGCGGCGGCCCCGGCCGUUACUUCCCGUCUGAGGAGCUGCAGGAGCGCGUCUACCUGAACCGCACGCAGCUGCAGCACCUGUCCGGUCAGCGCGUGCUACCCUUCGACGACAACGUGUGCCUGCGCGAGCCCUGCCAGAACUACAUGAAGUGCGUGGCCGUGCUACGCUUCGACAGCUCGGCGCCCUUCAUCUCGUCCGACACCGUGCUCUUCAGGCCCAUCCACCCCGUGGCGGGCCUGCGUUGCCGCUGCCCCGACGGCUUCACGGGUGACUACUGCGAGACAGAGAUUGACCUCUGCUACUCGGGCCCGUGCCAGAACAACGGCCGCUGCAUCAGCCGCGAGGGGGGCUACACGUGCGAGUGCCAGCCAUACUUUACAGGUGAGCACUGUGAGGUGAACGCCCGCUCAGGCCGCUGCGUGCCCGGCGUGUGCAAGAACGGCGGCCGCUGUGUGGACCUGCUGGUGGGCGGCUUCAUGUGCCAGUGCCCCGACGGCGAGUAUGAGAAGCCCUACUGCGAGAUGACCACCCGCAAUUUCCCCGGCCAAUCCUUUAUCACCUUCCGGGGCCUGAAGCAGCGCUUCCACUUCACCGUGUCUCUCAUGUUUGCCACUCGUGAGAGGAAUGCCCUGCUGCUGUACAAUGGGAGGUUCAACGAGAAGCAUGACUUCAUCGCCCUGGAGAUCUCUGAGGAGCAGAUCCAGCUGACAUUUUCUGCCGGAGAGACUAAAACAACAGUGUCUCCAUUUGUUCCUGGAGGGGUCAGUGAUGGCCAAUGGCAUGUUGUCCAGCUGCACUACUACAACAAGCCCAACAUCGGACGCCUCGGCACCCCCCAUGGACCUUCGGGGGAGAAGGUAGUCGUGGUGGCUGUUGACAACUGUGACGUUGCCAUGGCAGUACGUUUCGGAAGCCAGAUCGGAAACUACACCUGUGCUGCUCAGGGCACUCAGACAGGACAGAAAAAGUCACUGGACCUGACAGGGCCUCUGCUGCUGGGCGGCGUACCCAACCUCCCUGAGGACUUCCCUGUGCGCACUCGGAACUUCGUGGGCUGCAUGAGGAACCUCACCAUCGACAGAAAGCCAUUGGACAUGGCCAGCUUCAUCGCCAACAACGGCACCACUGCAGGCUGUGAUGCCAAAAGAGACUUCUGCACCGCGAGUGAGUGUCAAAACGGGGGUCUGUGUGUAAACAAGUGGAACACAUACUUUUGCAGCUGUCCGCUGGGCUACGGCGGGAAGAACUGUGAACACGCCAUGCCCUCCCCCCAACACUUUGACGGGCACGCUCUGGUGUCGUGGACCGACCCGGACGUUACCAUCGCCGUGCCGUGGUACAUGAGCCUGAUGUUCCGCACCCGCAAGGGCACAGGCACCUUACUGCAGGCCAACGCCGGGGACUUCUCCAAAAUCAUCCUCCUGAUCAGCAACAGGCACGUCCGCUUCCUGGUCUAUCUGGGGGUGACACGGGUGGCCCUGCUAGAACUCUCCCAGGUCCGCGUGAACGACGGGGAGUGGCACCACGUCAUCAUGGAGCUGAAGAGCGUCAAAGACGGAAAAGACAUCAAAUACAUGGCCCUGGUGUCUCUAGACUACGGCAUGUUUCAGAGGAGUGUUGAGAUCGGGAAUGAGCUUCCAGGCCUGCGACUGAAGAGUCUGCACUUGGGAGGCAUCCUCAAGAAAGACGGUUCCGUGCAAAAUGGGUUCCACGGCUGCAUACAGGGCGUGAGAAUGGGAGAGACAGCCACCAACACGGCCAACAUAAACAUGCGCCAGGCUCUGAGGCUGCGGGUGGAGGAGGGCUGUGAGGUAGUCGACGCCUGCCUGUCCUCUGUCUGUCCCCUGCACAGCCGCUGCACGGACACCUGGGCCUCACACUCCUGCGUCUGUCAGACAGGCUACUUCGGGCGGGACUGUGUGGACGCGUGCCUGCUGAACCCCUGUGAGCACUCAUCGUCCUGCGUGCGCCGGCCCGGCACUCCCCGCGGCUACAGCUGUGAGUGCGGCCCGGACUCCUACGGCCAGUACUGCCAGAACAAAGCAGAGCAGCCGUGUGCCCGUGGCUGGUGGGGUAACCCUGUCUGUGGCCCGUGCAAGUGUGACGUCAGCAAAGGUUUCAACAGAGACUGCAACAAGACCACGGGGGAAUGCCGCUGUAAGGAUAACUAUUACCGGCAGCCGGGCAGUGACUUCUGCUUCCCCUGUGACUGCUUCCCUCUGGGAGCGCACACUCGCACCUGUGACCCGCACACGGGGCAGUGCGCUUGCAAGACCGGUGUGGUGGGUCGCCAGUGCAACCGCUGUGACAACCCCUUUGCAGAGGUGACCCCCAACGGAUGUGUGGUGGUGUACGACGGAUGCCCCAAGGCCUACGACACAGGAAUCUGGUGGCCCAAGACGCCGUUCGGUCGCCCCGUUGCCAUAAAUUGCCCAAAAGGAUCCACAGGGACGGCUAUCCGACAUUGUAGCGAUGAUAAGGGAUGGCUGCCUCCACAGCUCUUCAACUGCACCUCCAUCUCAUUCGCCCAGCUGAAGAAAGAGAAUGAGGAGCUGCGAGGGAAUGUGUCCAUGGUGGAUGCAGAGAGGUCCAGGAGCAUCACUAGCCUGCUGCGCUCCGCCGCCGUCCACACCCCUCAUCUCUAUGGCAACGACGUGAAAACAGCCUACCAGCUUCUGGCCCUGGUGUUGCAGAGGGAGAGCCAGCAGCAGGGCUUCGAGCUGACUGCCACGCACGACAUGCUCUUCAACGAGAAUGUCUUUAAAGCUGGUAGCACCAUCCUUGACCCAGUUAACAAAGAGCACUGGGAUCAGAUCCAACAAUUUGAAGGGGGCUCUGCUCUUCUGCUGCGAGGCUACGAGGAGUAUGCCAACACCAUGGCCCAGAACAUGAAGAAGACCUACCUGCGGCCCUUCACCGUGGUUACCGAAAACAUGAUUGUGUCUGUGGACUAUGUGGACUCCUCUGGCACAGACCUGGCGAAGAUCCCUCGUUUCCAUGAGAUCCAGGAGGUCUACCCUAGAGAGCUGGAGUCCUCUGUCCUCUUCCCAGACAUGUCCUCCAGACCAGCAGAGAACAAAGUUUCAGUCACGGAAGAACCACCUGUUGAGACCAGCCCCACCCAGGAUUUUGUGGACCACACGGGCCCAACAGGGUCUCCGGAUAUGAUUGGGCCGUCUUUGAAAAAAAGACGUCACGCAGAGGUGGAUGACCCUUCCCUUGUUGCCGUGGUGAUUGUCCACAGAUCUCUUGGUCAGCUGCUGCCGGAGAGCUACGAUCCUGAUCGCCGGAGUCUGAGGCUGCCCAACCGUCCGGUCAUCAACACUCCCAUUGUGAGCAUUGCUUUGCACAGGGACGGGGAGCCCCUGAUGGUCCCCCUGGAGAGACCCGUCAUUGUGCGCCACCGGCUGCUGGUGGCGGAGGAGAGGACCAAGCCACAGUGUGUGUACUGGAACCACAGCAUUGGGGUCUCAGGGGCAGGUGCCUGGUCCUCUAAAGGCUGUGAGAUGGUCUUAAGGAACAGCACGCACAUCAGCUGCCAGUGCAACCACAUGAGCAGCUUCGCUGUGCUGAUGGACAUAUCCAAAAGAGAGCAUGGAGAUGUGCUGCCCCUGAAGGUCGUGACCUACACCACGGUGUCCGCCUCGCUGGUGGCCCUCCUCAUCACCUUCCUCCUGCUGGCCAUACUGCGGCGGCUGCACUCCAAUUUGCACAGCAUCCACAAGAACCUGGUAGCCGCCAUCUUCCUCUCCGAAUUCAUCUUCCUCAUGGGCAUCAACCAGACCGACAGUCCGUUUGUGUGCACCGUGGUGGCUAUUCUCCUGCACUACUCCUACAUGUGCACGUUUGCCUGGAUGUUUGUGGAGGGCCUGCACAUCUACCGCAUGCUGACUGAGAUGCGCAACAUCAACCAGGGACACAUGCGCUUCUACUACGCCAUCGGCUGGGGCAUCCCCGCCAUCAUCACAGGGUUGGCAGUGGGCCUGGACCCCCAGGGCUAUGGGAACCCGGACUUCUGCUGGCUCUCGGUCCAUGACACCCUCAUCUGGAGCAUCACCGGGCCCAUAGCUGUAGUGGUGCUGAUCAACAUCGUGAUAUUUGUGCUGGCAGCCAAAGCAUCUUGCAGGAGGAAUCAGCGCACCUUUGAGAAGUCUGGAGCAGUCUGUGCGCUGCGUGUGGCCUUCCUGCUGCUGCUGCUCAUGAGUGCCACGUGGCUGCUGGGCCUGAUGGCAGUCAACAGUGAUGUCCUGACCUUCCACUACCUCUUUGGCAUCCUCAGCUGCCUGCAGGGCAUCUGCAUCUUCUUCUUCCACUGCAUAUUCAACAGAGACGUGCGGAAGAACUUAAAGGAUGUCUUCACUGGGAAGAAACUGCAGGUGGAGGAGUUGAGCACGACCAGGGCCACCCUCCUGACCCGCUCUCUGAAUGGUAAUACAUACAUAGAGGAUGGAGCCCUGUACAGGACCCCCAUUGGAGAGUCCACUGUGUCUAUGGAAAGCAAUUUCAGGUCAGCAAAGAGCCACAGCAGCAGUUACCGAUCUUAUACACUCAGGGAGGACUCGGCUCAGAAGCGAAGCGGAUCAGUGGGCACGACAGCCAAAGGUGGCCACGACGAAGGCGACUCGUCCCUCUUCUUCCGAAAGCGCAAAAAGGGCGAUGACUCAGAUUCUGACAGUGAGCUCUCUGUGGACGAUCGCAGCAGCUCCUACGCCUCCUCACACUCAUCAGACAGCGAGGCUGAGGAGACGAGCCCCAAGCACAAGUGGAACAAUGAGAGGACCCCACUGCACAGCACCCCCAAAGUGGACACGGUGUCCAAUCAUGUGAAGCCUUACUGGCCCGUGGAGCCCCCGACAGCCAGUGAGGGUGAGGAUACUGGUGGGGUGGACAAGCUACGUGUAGAGACUAAAGUCAACGUGGAGAUGCAUCAGGAGUAUAAGCUCAACCACAACGGAGACAUACCUCAGGAGAAGCAGAGUCCAGCCAGCCAACCGAGGAGCAACCGCCAGCCAGAGCAGAGGAGAGGUAUCCUGAAGAACAAGAUCACCUACCCCCCUCCGUUAACAGAUAAGAACAUGAAGAACAGACUGAGGGAGAAGCUCAGCGACUACAACUCCUCCACUACUCCCUCCAAAACGCCGUCCAUUGAUUCCACCGAGGGCAUCCGCUCCAUCACCGGGGGCAACGGCACCCUCAUCAAACCCCCACCAAGGCCACCCGUGCCCCCUCGCAACGGACUCACCAUGGAGCUGGGCACAGAGCUGGAGCCUGUUAAUGGCGGAGAUGAGUCUGAUUCAGAUGGAAGCAACGAGACCUCUAUCUGACGAGUCAGUACAGAGCUGUGUCAUCCUCAGGAGAAUCUACAAGGUCUCACAUGAGGUUGUGGGAACAGGACUCUACGGGUGCCUUUGGGGGACAAAACUCUCCCGUGGUCCUGGCAAACCACAGCACUUCAUUCCUGUGGGGGGCAGCCUGGUCAUGGUCAUUAUCCUGCCCUGAAGAGAAAAGGGAAGAAUGUACAGUACACGUAUUGGCACUGAUCAGGACAAGGAGUCCAUUUGGGUGAUAAAGCCAUGGUCGGAACUGGGGAGCUAAAGCCUGUAGCAUGCCAAGCACAACAAAAUGUGAUACGGCAGUAGAACUUGAAUGACUUGUACUUAUUAAGCUCUCUGGAUGUCUAUCAUAAAGAGAGGCCAUGACAUGGUAUGCGCGGUCCCUUUUAUAGAGUCUUCAGUAGUGAAGGCAGGCAAGUUUAUGUUCAUGAAGUCAUGAAGUCAGCACAAUGUGGACUCUGCCAACACAGACUAUCAAAGUCUAAAAAAAAAAUACCUUUGUGCUCGUUGUUGUAGAUAUUUUGUAUUUUAAUUGAUUUAUAGUUGGAAUAAACAUUUGUAAAUUGUAAUUAGUUUUUUUGUAAUUCCUUGAAUUUCUUGAAUUGUUUUUUGUUACAGUCCAAAUAAUUUUUUGGUAGAUGUAAAAUACAGCUGACAGAUAUGGUGCCUAUCUUAAUUUCUUACUCUCUCAGUCCCAUGUUCUUGUUCGAGCAAGGUAAGUAAAGAUAUUGUUAAUGAAUUGUUGUAUACUUGUUAUUCAGUUAAGCUUAGCGAUGAGCUACACAUUCAAUCAAAAAAAUAUUUUUUUUGGCAGAACCCUUCAAAUACGUGUAGUUAUUCGUCUUGUUGUGUUAAUAUCUUUCAGAUAUUGGUUGUGUUGGAAUUCUUAUUUAUUUAUGUCGUUAAAGUAUGAUACAAAGAAAUACAGAACAUUUUUUUCAUUCAUUUUUAUUUUCAUGUGGAUAUCAUGUUACAGCUGGUUAUUUUCAUGUCAGAUGUGGUGAACAUACUCACAAGGUGAGGAAGAGUUGCAUCAGCAUAAGAACACACAAGGGUUAAACCAAACAGCACCGUCAAAAUGUACAUUUUAAACUUGUUAAACAAUGUCUUGAAUGUAUGUAUGUAUGUAUGUAAGUAUGGAUAGUUCAGUCCGCAGUAGUCGAAGUCGGAUGCUAGGAAUGAGCCAAGAUUUUUCUAACAUUCUGUAUUUUGGUUACACAUUUAGGUUGUUUGUGCUCUGUAAUUGUGCAGGACUUUUCAUUACAGUCUAGUUUGAUUAAAGUA